AUGACCACCUGUAGUCGACUGCCAGGGGGAAGAGGACAGGAGCUUUGUUGCAGCUCUCCGGGUGUGCUGCCUCCAAUAAUAUCUGGUGUCCGCGCGCAAGGUUGCUCCGUCUCCAACACCGCCCGUUUGGGCCAACGGGGAGAUUUUUCCGGGUUGCGCCAGCCCCUUCUUGAAAAGGGCAAGAGCGUAAUCUUGGUACAGGGUCUGACGCAGAUUAAUUACGGCGCCAAAGGGUUGAAAAGAGCAAAUCCAGCCGCAAGUGCGGGCCCAGGACCAGCCCUCAGCCAUGGAUCAGACCCGCCCGUGAACCCAAACAGCAAGCCACCGGUCCGCCACCAGCCACCAGGGCGCGAGAGGCCACCAGAGGCGGACCUCCAGGGCUUGGUGCAGCGCAUGCCGCGCUGGGAGAACUCCUGA